CACAUAUUCCUCUGACGUUUUGCCCAGCAUACAACACACCGCUGGCGUAACCAGAAAAAGCUGCUCGGUUACAUUGAGAAUCGAGACAGCAGCAGAGACAGCCGAGAGAAAAAAUACUAAAUAGACUCUUGCACCGCUGCCAGGAGAGACCCCAAGGAGAGGCCCAGCCACCAUGCCGCUGUUCGGUAAAUCCCACAAGAAUCCCGCCGACAUCGUCCGGACUCUGAAGGAGAACAUGGCCAUCCUGGUCAAACAAGACAAGAAAACAGAAAAGGCAUCAGAGGAGGUGUCUAAGUGUCUUGUGGCCAUGAAGGAGAUACUAUAUGGGACCGGUGACAAGGAGCCUCACACAGAGACGGUGGCCCAGUUGGCCCAGGAGCUCUACAACAGCGGCCUGCUCAUCUCCCUGGUGGAAAACCUGCAGGUCAUUGACUUUGAGGGGAAGAAGGACGUGUGUCAAAUCUUCAACAACAUCCUGCGGAGGCAGAUCGGCACCCGCAGCCCCACCGUUGAGUACUUCUGCUCUCACCAAGAGGUGCUGUUUGUGCUGCAAAAAGGGUAUGAGACCCCUGGGUCUGCGCUGAACUGUGGCAUCAUGCUGAGGGAGUGUAUCAGACACGAGCCCCUGGCCAAGCUGGUUCUCCACUCAGAACACUUCCAGGACUUCUUCAAUUACGUAGAGAUGGAGACCUUCGACAUCGCCUCAGACGCUUUCGCCACCUUCAAGGACCUGCUCACAAGACACAAGGUCCUGGUAGCUGAAUAUCUAGAACAGAAUUAUGAUGCUAUCUUUGACCAGUAUGAGAAGUUAUUACACUCUGAUAACUAUGUGACAAAGAGACAGUCAUUAAAGUUGUUGGGAGAGCUUCUGUUGGACAGGCAUAACUUCACAGUGAUGACCCGGUACAUCAGCAAGCCUGAAAACCUGAAGCUGAUGAUGAACCUACUGAGGGACAAGAGCCCUAACAUACAAUUUGAGGCCUUCCACGUCUUCAAGGUGUUUGUGGCGAACCCCAACAAGACGCAGCCCAUCAUAGACAUCCUGCUGAAGAACCAGCCCAAACUCAUCGACUUCCUUAGCAACUUCCAGAAGGACCGCAUGGACGACGAGCAAUUCAACGACGAGAAGACCUACCUAAUCAAACAGAUCCGAGACCUAAAGAAACCCGCCUCUUAA